AAGGAGGAGCCGCGCGGCGGAGACAGAAUUGUGCCCCCGGAUGGACUGAGCGCCAGGUGGAUGAAGACUGCCUACACUAACGCCUAUCGAUGCCUGGCCAAGGACCUGGACGCGUACGCCAUGAACCCGGACAUGACAAUGGACGGCAUCGGCAGCCUGCACGGCGGGGUGGCGGUCAGCUCCGUGGCGCCUGACGCGGAGCUGAUGAGCGGACACAGCCCGCACCACGGCCGCGGCGGAGGCGGCGGCGGCGGCGGGGGCGGCGGGGGCUCGGCGGCGGCCGCGGCGGCGGCGGCCGCGUCCACCCUGCGGAUACACCAGGACCUGGCCGCCGCCGCCGCCGCGUCGUCCCGCUCCGCCAUGGUGUCCGGCAUGGCCGGCAUCCUGGACGGCAGCGGGGAGUACCGGCCGGAGCUGUCCCUGCCGCUGCAUCACGCCAUGAGCGUGCCGUGCGACGCCGCCUCUCCCGGGAUGGGCAUGAGCGGCACCUACACCACCCUCACCCCGCUGCAGCCGCUGCCGCCCAUCUCCACCGUGUCCGACAAGUUCCACCACCACCACCACCACCACCACCACCACCAGCGGCUCUCCGGGAACGUCAGCGGCAGCUUCACGCUCAUGCGGGACGAGCGCGCGCUGCCGGGCAUGAACAACCUGUACCCCUACCACAAGGAGCACAUGUCCGGGAUGGGUCAGAGCCUGUCCCCGGUGCUGGGCAACGGCCUGGGCUCCAUCCACAACGCCCAGCAGGGGCUGCACAGCUACGGCGCGGCGGCGCACGGCGGCCACGACAAGAUGCUGAACUUCGAGGCGCACCACACCGCGUCCAUGCUGGCCCGGGGCGAGCACCACCAGCACCGGGGCCUGGGCGGCCCGGCGGCCGGGAUGAUGCCGCACCUGAACGGGAUGCACCACCCGGGACACCCGGCCGCGUCCUCGGCGGGCCACCACCCCCACGCGCACCUGCAGUCCCCGUCCCACGGGCCCGCGCUGGCCCCCGGCCGGGACCGGCCGCCGUCCUCCUCGGGGACGCAGGGGGGCGGCGGCGCGGGGCAGCUGGAGGAGAUCAACACCAAGGAGGUGGCGCAGCGCAUCACGGCGGAGCUGAAGCGCUACAGCAUCCCGCAGGCCAUCUUCGCCCAGCGGGUGCUGUGCCGCUCCCAGGGGACCCUGUCCGACCUGCUCCGGAACCCCAAGCCCUGGAGUAAGCUAAAGUCCGGCCGGGAGACCUUCCGCAGGAUGUGGAAGUGGCUGCAGGAGCCCGAGUUCCAGAGGAUGUCGGCGCUCAGACUGGCAGCGUGCAAACGAAAGGAGCAAGACACGGGAAAAGAUCGCAACAACACACCAAAGAAGUCGCGGCUGGUCUUCACCGACCUGCAGCGGCGCACCCUGCUGGCCAUCUUCAAGGAGAACAAGCGGCCGUCCAAGGAGAUGCAGCUGACCAUCUCGCAGCAGCUGGGCCUGGAACUCAGCACCGUCAGCAACUUCUUCAUGAACGCCCGCCGCCGCAGCCUGGACAAAUGGACAGACGACGGCGCCAGCCCCGGCGCCCAAUCCUCGGCGUCCAGCACUUGUACCAAAGCGUGAUCCGAGACGGCGAGAAGCCGGGGGGGG